UGCGCUGUCGUUGUCUAUAAAAAGGGGUCGCUGGUUAUUGGCCAACGCAUUACAAAGCGAAAACUCGAAAAAGGAACUUUACUAGCGUGUGACUCUUCAGAGUUGUUUGUUGAAGAUAAUAAUUAUUGUGUUUUAUUAAGAAAAAUUCUAGUGACUAGGACAAAAUGCAGAUCUUUGUGAAGACGUUGACGGGUAAAACCAUCACCUUAGAAGUUGAGCCGUCAGAUACUAUUGAGAACGUAAAAGCUAAGAUUCAGGACAAAGAGGGUAUCCCUCCGGAUCAGCAGCGUCUCAUCUUCGCUGGUAAGCAGCUGGAAGACGGCCGCACACUCUCUGACUACAACAUCCAGAAAGAAUCGACCCUCCACUUGGUACUUCGUCUGCGCGGCGGUAUGCAGAUCUUUGUAAAGACUCUGACUGGCAAAACCAUCACCCUUGAGGUUGAGCCUUCAGAUACUAUUGAGAAUGUUAAAGCCAAGAUCCAGGAUAAGGAAGGUAUCCCCCCAGACCAGCAGAGACUUAUCUUUGCAGGCAAGCAGUUGGAAGAUGGCCGCACCCUUUCAGAUUACAACAUCCAGAAAGAAUCCACUCUUCACUUGGUACUUCGUCUCCGUGGUGGUAUGCAGAUCUUUGUGAAGACCUUAACCGGUAAAACUAUCACUCUUGAAGUUGAGCCUUCAGACACAAUUGAGAAUGUUAAGGCUAAAAUUCAAGACAAAGAAGGUAUCCCCCCAGAUCAGCAACGUCUCAUUUUCGCCGGUAAACAAUUGGAAGAUGGCCGCACACUCUCUGACUACAAUAUCCAGAAGGAAUCCACUCUCCACUUGGUGCUCCGUCUCCGUGGUGGUAUGCAGAUCUUCGUAAAGACCCUGACUGGCAAGACUAUCACCUUAGAGGUUGAGGCUUCCGACACAAUUGAAAACGUAAAAGCCAAAAUCCAAGACAAGGAAGGCAUUCCCCCAGACCAGCAACGUCUCAUCUUUGCCGGUAAACAAUUGGAAGAUGGCCGCACACUCUCUGACUACAAUAUCCAGAAGGAAUCUACUCUCCACUUGGUGCUCCGUCUCCGUGGUGGUAUGCAGAUCUUCGUUAAGACCCUAACUGGCAAAACCAUCACCCUUGAAGUCGAGCCUUCAGACACAAUUGAAAAUGUUAAGGCUAAAAUUCAAGACAAAGAGGGUAUUCCCCCAGACCAGCAGAGGUUGAUCUUUGCAGGAAAACAGCUUGAGGAUGGACGCACACUAUCUGACUACAACAUCCAGAAGGAAUCCACCCUGCAUUUAGUUCUGCGUCUGCGUGGUGGUAUGCAGAUUUUUGUUAAGACCUUAACUGGCAAAACUAUCACUCUUGAAGUCGAGCCUUCGGACACUAUUGAGAAUGUUAAGGCUAAAAUUCAAGACAAAGAGGGUAUCCCCCCAGAUCAGCAACGUCUCAUUUUCGCCGGUAAACAAUUGGAAGAUGGCCGCACACUCUCUGACUACAAUAUCCAGAAGGAAUCCACUCUCCACUUGGUGCUCCGUCUCCGUGGUGGUAUGCAGAUCUUCGUAAAGACCCUGACUGGCAAGACUAUCACCUUAGAGGUUGAGCCUUCAGACACAAUUGAAAACGUAAAAGCCAAGAUCCAGGAUAAGGAAGGUAUUCCCCCAGACCAGCAGAGGUUGAUCUUUGCAGGCAAACAGCUUGAGGAUGGGCGCACUCUAUCUGACUACAACAUCCAGAAGGAAUCUACCUUGCAUUUAGUUCUGCGUCUGCGUGGUGGCAUGCAGAUUUUCGUUAAGACCCUGACUGGCAAAACGAUCACCCUUGAGGUUGAGCCUUCAGACACAAUUGAGAAUGUAAAGGCUAAAAUUCAAGACAAAGAGGGUAUUCCCCCAGACCAGCAGAGGUUGAUCUUUGCAGGCAAACAGCUUGAGGAUGGGCGCACUCUGUCUGACUACAACAUCCAGAAGGAAUCUACCCUGCAUUUAGUUCUGCGUCUGCGUGGUGGUAUGCAGAUCUUUGUCAAGACCCUGACUGGCAAAACCAUCACCCUUGAGGUUGAGCCUUCAGAUACUAUUGAGAAUGUUAAAGCCAAGAUCCAGGAUAAGGAAGGCAUUCCCCCAGACCAGCAACGUCUCAUCUUUGCUGGUAAACAAUUAGAAGAUGGCCGUACUCUCUCUGACUACAAUAUCCAAAAGGAAUCCACCCUCCACUUGGUACUGCGUCUUCGUGGUGGUAUGCAGAUCUUCGUAAAAACCCUGACUGGCAAGACUAUUACCCUAGAGGUUGAGCCUUCAGACACAAUUGAAAACGUGAAAGCCAAAAUACAAGACAAGGAAGGCAUUCCCCCAGACCAACAACGUCUCAUCUUCGCCGGAAAACAAUUGGAAGAUGGCCGCACGCUCUCGGACUACAAUAUCCAAAAGGAGUCCACCCUUCAUCUUGUACUUAGAUUGAGAGGUGGCAUGUAAUAACCGACACUGCCUGUUCACUGUUCAUUCCAAAUAUAACUUGCUAAACAGGUGAAAUAAAUAAAGUUUUGUCAUUGACUGAA